AGUCGUAUACAUUUUUAACAGAGUGUUGAUAAAUUGUCCCUAAGCGUAAUUCACUCCUUUCUAGCUAUAUAUAUGUAUACUCUCCCCGGCUGCACGGUCUCAACCCAGCAACCUGGUUGCUAUGAACUGAGUAAAACUCCGACUGAUUGGCCGGUGGACCGACAAACGACCAAUCAACGCAUAUGUCCUUUGAGGGUGCACUGAGUGCGCAGGCGAGUUUGUCGGCCCGAGGCACCGGGAGUCUGAUUAGAGUGAGUAGGGAGGGGUCGAAUUAUCUGAAGAAUAGCGCAAACCGGGAACGGUGGUGGAGGAGAAAGAAAAUGUUCCUGGUUGGCCUGACAGGUGGGAUUGCUUCAGGGAAAAGCACAGUUGCUGCUGUGUUCCGUGAACUUGGGUGUCCGGUUGUGGAUGCUGAUCAGAUAGCAAGACAGAUUGUUGAGCCGGAUUCUCCAGCAUAUUGGGCAAUAGUUCGCUCGUUUGGUGAGGAGAUCCUGUUGGAGGACAGAAAAAUCAACAGGGAAAAACUGGGCAACAUCAUCUUCUCUGAUGUGGAAAAACGUCAGCUGUUGAAUUCCAUCACUCACCCAGCAAUCCACAAAGCCAUGCUCAAACAAAUCUUUAAAUACUUUAUACGAGGAUACCGCUAUGUUAUCCUCGAUGUUCCACUCUUGUUUGAGACUAACAAGUUGCUCAGGUUUAUGAAGCAUACUGUUGUUGUUUACUGUGAUCCUCAGAGCCAGCUGACCCGGCUGAUGAAACGAAAUCAUUUAACGCAGGUGGAGGCAGAGCACCGCAUUGGUGCCCAAAUGCCAUUGGAGCAGAAGCGGAAGCUGGCAAACCAUGUGAUCGAUAACUCUGGGGACAGUGCCAGUACUUAUCGGCAGGUUUGCAAACUGCACUCUCAGCUUGAAGACUCACUGGACUUCUUAGCAGUCCGGUUACUAGCUUUGGUCACUCUGACCGGAAUCGGAGGCCUUCUCUGCAUGUUUAUAAAAAGUUCUUUUGACCCUAUCUACUGCUGUUUUUCUGUUUGUAUCCUAUGUCCAUUGACAUGACAUGAAAUGACAUGACCAGAAGUCCUUGGUUUCAAUACACACAGAUGAGAAAAACCACAUUUUCAGCUGGGACGACACUAUUAUCAUUGAACAAGCCAAACAGAGGACAGCCAGGGAAUUCUUGGAGGCUUGGCAUUCAUCUGCAGACUCCAUCAACGAACACAUUGAAUUAGAUUUGAUUAUACUGACCAUUACAAUGCACAGCUAGAAUGGCACCUACUGGAAGCAGCAAAAGCCAGACCAUAAAAAUUUGAACUGGCACAGGACAACAGUGCUUCACAGGAGGCUCCACAGCACUGAGGAUGUGACCUAGUAAGGGAACGAAGUGUCUGCUAUCAAACCUCCCAGCUCAGCGAACACACCAACAUCUACAGGCUAUAACUGUGGUGAUUUUAUCAGCUGGCAAUCCCACUCUUGAGCACUGUCCUGCCAAACCUGCUGCAAAGUGUGCUUGCAUGUUGAGUCAGGAGAUGAAAACAAAGUUGCUGGAAAAGCUCAGCAGGUCUGGCAGCAUCUGUGGAGGAGAAAACAGAGUUAACGUUUUGGGUCCGGUGACCCUUCCUCAGAACUGAGCAUUGAUCCAAGCUCUGAAGCAGAAAGUCCAUUGAGCUGCGCUAAGAUGAACACUUGAUUACUUUCUGUUCUGAAGGAGCAUGGUACUGAUGCAGUGAGUUGGUAGCUUGACAAUUCCAGGGCCAUAAGUUGAGUGUGCCAGUCUUUGUGUAAAAGCCUCAGAGAAGAGCCAUUCAUCUUACAUUGAUCUGAUUAAAUCUGAAUGGGAUUGAGGCUACAUUUUAAAUGUUUACAAGAAAGAACUUGGGGCCAUAAGUUCGUUGGGUGAGUGAAGCGAGUUUGAUUCAGCAAUAUUUCUCUGUGCACUCUAAGCUUGAGGGACUUGUUUUCUACCCAAGUGUGAAGACAAUAAUGAGCCCAGAAGGACCAAACUGUGAUAUUCAUGAACCAUAAGCAGACUUAUGGCUUUUCUUCAUUAUGGAGACACUGUAUUGCAUGCAGGUUUAGUUUGCCAAAUAUGUUACUAGGAUGUAGCUGAGUGAAUUGGACAGGGCAACGACCACAGUUUUGAUAGAAUCCUGGCAAUAGUGCUGUCAACCUGCAUGAUUGCUCCCAUAACCAGGCUAUUGCAUUGCAGUAAUGACACUGGCGCCUAUCCAAAAAUGUGGGUGAUUGUCGGUUAUGUGUUAUCCAUGCAGAAACAACAAAUUUAACCCAGUUGGAUACCACCGUAUCAGUGAUCAAGCAAAGUGAAGAAUCGCGAAUUAUACAAUUAAGAACUUAAACUCACCAAUAAGCUGUUCCCCUGACACUAAACUCUGGUCAUGCACAUAGUUUCAGAUUGCCUCAUAGCCUUAUUCUAACUGAUAAUCACAGAACGCCCACCAUGUCUAUGACAAAUCUCUGUUGGAGCAAGAACUGCUCCCUGUAAACCUUUACAUCCUUCCUUUUCAGGUAAUAAUUCAAUUCCUUCCUGAAAACCUCGCACCUUCUCUAAACUUUCAAAUGGUGUAUUGCAGAUCCUAAACACUGUAAAAGAAAUAUUUUUCUUAUGUUGCCAUUGUUUCUUCGUCAUCUGCCUUGAACCUGUGCUCUGGUUCUUGAUCCUUCCACCGAUGGAAACGUUUUCCCCCAUUUGCGCUGUCCAAACCUCACGUGAUUUUGAACACCCCUUAUCAAAUUUUUUCUCAAUCUCCUCUUAAGGAAAACAAUUCCAGUUUCAUUCAUUAACCUACAUAUCUGAAGUUGUUAAUUCUUGGAGCCAUUCUUAUGAAUCUUUUCCAAAUUCUCUCUAGUAGGUAGUGGAAUGUCCCUUUUAAAUAAAUAACAACUCUUCUGGAACACUAAAAGUGAAAUUGGCCAACUGAACAGCAUGUUGGGAAGGGAUCCAAGAUAGUAAGCCGGGAAGCUUGCAGAAUUCACUGUCAAAUUGGAUCAGAACUGACAGACAUGCAAGCCAUUUACUUUGUUUGACUUUAUUAAAUAGAAUAGAGACAAAAAAAACUGCAGAUGCUGGAAUCCAAGGUAGACAAACAGGAAGCUGGAAGAACACAGCAAGCCAGGCAGCAUCUGGAGGAAAGGAGAAGUCAACGUUUCGGGUAUUACUCUUCUUCAGGAGUCAGUUCUUCAGUCCUGAGGAAAGGUAAUACAUGAAAUGUUGACUUCUCCUUUCCUCCAGAUGCUGCCUGGCUUGCUGUGUUCUUCCAUCCUCCUGUUUGUCUAUAUUGAAUAGGUGUUGAUGAGACAAUGCUGAGAGGUUUCGGAUAGAACAAUGUGUCGAGAGUUUCAAUAGAACAGUUUUUGAGACUGUCCGGCUCCUCAGGUCAGCUUAGCCAAUAGGGAAAUUAUAAUAUCUAUUACUGCCUUUUGUAACACCCUUUCUGGGACAGAAACUCAUUGACUAGAUUAACUGAAUUAUGUUACUUACUGUAUCAAACUGUUGUAACUUGGUAGCAGGAAUCUACAUGUCAGUUACCAUGUCAACAUUGUAAACAAUAGUAAGCUACUGUAUUUAUGUAUAGCCCAGAGAACUAUAUUUAAAGGGACCACUUGAAUCAAAGGGGCUGACACCCCAGUGACAAAGUCAGCCCAACGAGCAGGAACCAUGCAAGAGAGAGAGCAACAGCCUCAACCUCAGUUCAGCUGCUGUAACUGGGGUAGUAUAACCCUCUUUACCAUCUUGUGCUUCCAAAGCAGAUUUUAAACCAGUGUUACCACAGUGUGGAGCUGGAGGAACACAGCAGGCCAGGCAGCAUCAGAGGAGUUGAAAAGUUGACGUUGCGGGUUGGGACCUGAAGAAGGGUCCCGAUCCGAAACAUCAACUUUCCUGCUCAUCUGAUGCUGCCUGGCCUGCUGUGUUUCUCCAGCUCCACACUUUGUUAUCUCUCAUUCCAGUAUCUGCAGUUAUUACUAUCUCUGAGUGAGUUUAAACCAGUGUGACAGUAUAGCAAUUUAAGAACUAUAUGGUUACUCGGGAAAUAGAGGGAAAGGCACGUUUCAAAGAAUUUCAUGUAUAUAUCUUGUCUUUCAAUGAUAGCUUACCAUAAGAUGUGGUUUAUUAUGUCUAACGAGCAAGUAAAUCAGACACGAAAACAAUGCUUACAUUUUUGGCACCCAAAGUGUGACUCGAGUAUAAGUGAUUUAACCCUCCGCAUGUGAACCAUAAGCCUGGGGCUUUAUUUCUCCCCGUUGUUUCCCCUUGAGCUGGUUGUUAAGAAGGCAGCUGCCCCUUGUGAAGGCUAACAACGAAGGAACGAAUGAGAAUCCAGACCGAUCGACCUGUAAUUGGGCUAUAAGCCAAUGUUCUGAACAGUAGAACAAACAACUGGGAGAAGUUGGAAAGAGGUGUGGCAAAUUCUGAAGUCAAGCCUGGAGAAGGGGAUUAAAACCUAUCUCCUGGUAGUGUCAGAAGGGUCAAACAUGCUUUUUUCUGACACGCCUCAGAUUUAGAGGGACUGGAACAGGAAUUUAGUCUAAGCCGGAUCCCAAACACAGUUGAUUCCCAAAUUCUUGACAAAGUUGGACAGGAGGCAGAUACUGGGUCACCAACCUGAGUAAAAGAAGCCAGAUACAGGGUGAGAGACUUGCAAAGUAGUAACAGACAGGAAGAGACCAGGAGGGUGACAUUCGGACCCAGAGCAGCAGAAUGGCGAACCAUAUUCCUCUGUCAGUUUCACCUAGUAAGAGCAAUUUAUAGAGUAAGAGCACUGGGGUAAAUCCCUUUCUCGGUAUUAAACUGGUCGAAAUAUCUGUAAUGAAAUAAUGGCACCAAAAGAACAUGAGACAUAGUCUGUGUUCAUCCACAAGCUCACCACAAAAUGUUGAGGUCCAUAGCAAAACAGUUCUUCACUUUCCCUACAGGGUCCAAGAGCCAGCUUAAGUUGUGAGGAGAAUACACUAAGAGUAACGUAAAGGAUAAAGUAAGAAAGGAAAUUGCAAUAGCAAGCGCUAUAACUGAAAUGGAAAUCUUGUGGCAGCCUGUCAGUAUCCUGCAGGAAGAGAAAGCUGCAACGGAUAGAAAAGUUGAAGAAUUGACCAAAGGAGGUAGAGGACAAAUGGUACACAGUGCAGAUGAUUUGAUACUCGGUUGGAGGGUCAGCAAAUUAUGAUUGACAGCUUGGAUCAUCAGAAAAAAAGGGUAGAAUUAUUAAGAUAGCAGGACCAACAGUAAGUCACCCAAGUGUGAGACCAGUGUGAAGAUCUACAGAGCAGGAUAUGGGUAGUACACCCCAGAAGUCAACUAUAACUUCUGGAGGCAAUGGCCUAGUGGUAUUAUCACUGGACUGUUAAUCUAGAGACCCAGAUAACAUUCUGGGGACCCGGGUUCGAAUCCUGCCACAGCAGUUCGUGGAAUUUGAAUUCAAUAAAAUAUCUGAAAUUAAGAAUCUAAUGAUGACCAUGAAUUCAUUGUCAAUUGCCAUAAGAAUCCAUCUGGUUCACUAAUGUCCUUUAGGGAAGGAAAUUGCCGUCCUUUAGGGAAGGAAAUUGCCAUCCUUACCCGGUCUGACCUACAUGUGACUCCAAACCCACAGUAAUGUGGUUGACUCUGAACUGCCCUCUGGGCAAUUAGGGAUGGACAAUAAAUGCUGCCUAGCCAGUAGACGUCCUCAUCCCAUUAAUGAAUAAUGAAUAAAGAAAACAAAACCCAGCAAGUAAAAAACAGGAGACUGCACAAAAAUACUUAAGGGAGAUUGAGCAGUUAAAAGCGCAGCUUCAAGCAAAGCAGAGCAUAGCUUGUGCUUUUUUGAACAAAAGCGGCAAGAAUGAACCCAUUGGGAUACUCUCUGAGGCAAUCUGGCAGGACAGCUGUGGGAUCAGAUAUGACCACUAGCCCUAGUGGUAAUCUGCAAUAUCAUAACCCAAGCAAUAGGUUUUACACCCCAACUGCUAACCAAAAACAAAUACAUUAAACAAUUUCUGGGGAGACCAGAAAAGGGGUGAGUAUCGUGGAUUGGGGAAGGCAAGACAAACUCAUUACAUUCUGUGGAACAAAAACAUGAACCCCAUAGACUAUAAAUCAGGGGACACAGUGAUGCUUAGAGUGUUCCAACUCAGAACCAGAUACACUGGGCCUUACCCCAUCAUUGAAAAAUGGAGUCUUUCAGUCUACAAAUUACAGCUGGCAGUAGGCAAACAGGGAGGGUACCAUAUAAACCAGUUCAAGGGGCAACCAAUAUAUUGUCCACACUCAGCCCAUGUACAGAUUGAUGCCCUCAAACAGGAGACUUGGGCUGAGGAGAAUCAAACCAGUGGACACUGCUUCCCCAUCUAACAGAGCACCCAGCGCCACUCCCCCGCCUCCUCAGAGUUCUUCCCCAUCCCAUACCUGAACAGGGUCACCGGACCUGAAAUGUUAACUCUGUUUUCUCCUCCACAGAUGCUGCCAGACCUGCUGAGCUUUUCCAGCAACUUUGUUUUUGUUUGGAGCAUGAGCACUGUCAGGUGAUGGCAGUGAUCUGAAUAUUAAAAUGAGAUGGGUGAUGGUAUUCGGAUUUUAACAUUUAGUGGGAUUUUAAGCUUUAAAAUUUCCUUUCAUUAAAAUGAGACGGAGACUCAGAGAUUAAACCAUGGUACAGAAAGUACAUUUGAUUUUUUUUCAAGUAGCCUAUAUCUCAAGGAUCUUUACAAGUGACGAGAUGGAUUGCGUUCAACAUGUUCUCUGACAUUUGUAUCGUUAUUGGUGUAUAUGUAGUUACUGUAUUGCCCGUUGUAUGGGAAGUGGAGAUACUCUGCUGUGGUUUGCUCUACCGAAGCGGCGAUACGCAAAGACGGGAUUCUAUGGGUUCACCCAGCAUAAACGGUCACUUUUAGUUGUAGUGACCAACUCACUGUGCACAGGAAACCCAACAGGAGAUCCACUCUUUGUUAUAUCAGCAUAAGGAUUGGUGGGGAAUUUCUACAAAUGGGUGCAGAGGUUAGGGCUGUUUAGCCCACAACCCAGAGAAGGGCUGAGAAACAGGGCAUCGGUGCCCAGGGAAGCCAAAUCAGGACAGUUCAUAGAAUGAGAUUUAAAAUGGACCAGACCAGCAGUGAGGGCCCCCUCCCAGCUUGAUCUGACAUUACCCCUGGUCCAUGGAACAAACUUGUAUUAAAACCGACAGGCAAGAUCCUGUUUGACAGGAUCCAUCAUGAAUUGCUGCCUGAGAUCAUGGAUAUAACAGGAAUUCACCGAGCAGCACAGUGCCCUUCCCUGCUUCACAAGUUGUACCUGCCCCUGACUCAGAGAAUCCUGGGACUGGGGAUGGGGAGCUACAAAGGCAAGCCUAGACAAGCUGAGUAUUCGCAGGAACUGAGACCUGAUCAACAACCUAGCUACUGCUUAUGGGGCAGGAUUGCUGACUGUUAAUACCCAUGAUGUGGCUGAUCUGGAUACCACGCUCAGAGUCUUGACCCAACAAGUUAAACAUGCCUUGGAGGGAAUAAACGAGGAUGACCAGCAGGGUGCUGCGAGAGACGACUUGGAACCAAGCUAGUCACCACCUAGUGAUCAUACUUAAAGGCCAUGCAAAACUAUCAGGUCAUUCAGCACAAGAUCAUUGCUGAGAGCAGUCAGCAAACCUGCACCCUGUGCAGCAUCCAUGGGAACUACAGGAUUGAGCAGCUGAGACUGGAUCUCAGUCAGGCCAGACAGGGGGGAGUGCCAGCCUGGCUCAGUGAUGAACAGCUGGAGCCCCUGGUUCAGAAACAAAUUACAUGCAAGCAUCUUCCUGAGACACCUGACCAAAGUGUGGUUUAAUGAAAACUGCAGAGGCACCCUU